AUGAGGUUAGACAAAGCUGGAGAAGAUCAAUUUUGUCGGUUUGUGGACCGUAUGCCAGAGAAACCUGAUGGUAUGAUCAGAUUGUUUGAUCGUGGUGAUUACUUCUCAGCUCACGGUUCCGACGCACUCAUCGUCGCUCAUCAAGUAUUCAAAACCACAAACGUAAUCAAAUACCUCGGUUCAUCUUCACUAUCAUCUUCCAUUCCGUCCACAUCUAAAAAUACUUCCAUGACUCCUCGUGGACUUCCUUCCGUGGACAUCUCAACCAAUCUCACCAAAGCCUUCCUACGUGAAUGUCUCACAACUAGACAAAUGAGAGUAGAAAUAUAUAUUCCUGAAGAUGGAACAGGAGGGAGGAAAAAUCAUUACAAAUGGAUCUUAGGGAAAGUGGCCAGUCCUGGGAAUAUAGAACAGGUCGAAGAUCUCAUAUUUGACAAUGAGGAUUUGGAUAGUAAUGCCGUUAGUAUGGCUUUGAAACUUCAUAUGGUUCAAGGGAUCAGGACGGUUGGAUGUGCUUUUCUCGAUGUGCAAGAGAAAACUUUGGGGGUUAGCGAAUAUGUUGAUGAUGCCAAUUUUGGGAAUACAGAGUCACUCCUUAUCCAGCUACAAGUCAAAGAAUGUAUCCUCCCCUCUGACGAGAAAAGAGCCGAUGUCGAACUCACGAAACUCCGCACGAUGAUCGACCGUUGUGGUCUGGUCAUCACCGAGCGAAGAUCUGCCGAUUACAAGGCCGGUAAUAUCGAGCAAGAUGUCUCCAGGCUCCUGGACGGAGGUCAUACAAGUACGACUUUACCCGAAUUCGAUCUGAAACUCGCCAUGUCGUCCCUUGCUGCCUUACUGGUAUACACCAAUCUCGUAACUUCACCACAGUACGAACAUCAAUUCCGACUAUAUCGACACGAUCUCACUCAGUAUAUGAAACUUGACGCUAGUGCUGUUAAAGCUCUUUCUCUCAUGCCUAACCCUCAGGAACUCGGAGGUGGUCGUAAUAUGAGUUUAUACGGUUUAUUGAAUCAAUGCAAAACUAGUCAAGGACAACGUUUAUUGGGAAGAUGGUUGAAACAACCUUUGGUAAACCUACAUGAGAUCCGACAACGUCAGGGGAUAGUGGAAGCAUUUGUGGAUGAUGCCUUGGCCAGGCAGACUCUGCAGGAACAAUUCCUAAGUCGUAUGCCAGAUUUUCAUAGAAUAUCGAAGAAGCUACACAGGAACGUGGCGUCAUUAGAUGAGGUCGUCAGAGUCUUCUACGCGAUCCAACUCAUCGGUCCAAUGAUUGAAGUUCUCGAAACUCUCAACACGAGUGAAGAGAACAAACAGCUGAUAGCUACCAUCUAUGUCAUCGCUUUGCGUGAUCACGAAGACAAGUUGACGACUUAUUCUCAGAUGGUAGAAGAUACUGUCGAUCUGAACGAUAAGACAAGUCACAAUCAUGUCUUGCAAGCUUCGUUUGAUCCUAAGCUCGAGGAGUAUAAGACACAGUUAAUGGCAGUGAGAUCUGCUUUGGAUGAAGAACAUGCAAAAGUCGGGGAAGAGUUGGGGUUGGAUAUUGGGAAGAAGCUGCAUUUGGAAAGACACCAGGUUUACAAUUAUUCUUUUAGGAUUACUAAAGCUGAAGCUGGUUUAAUCCGCAACAAGAAGCAAUACCGAGAUCUGGCAACGCAGAAGAGUGGGACCAUAUUUACCACUGCCACUUUGAAAGGCUUGAGCGAAGACUACGAUCGACUUAUGGACAAGUAUAACGAUAAACAACGGACUUUGGUUAAGGAAGUAGUCUCCAUAGCGGCAUCUUACACUCCUGUAUUGGAAGCGCUCGAUAAUCUCAUAGCUGCCAUCGACGUGACUGUCAGUUUGGCUCGUGUAUCCGCGAACGCGAAUACUCCAUAUGUUCGGCCAGUCUUGUUUGAGAAAGGUAAGCCGACUCAUGUUAUUGUGCGCGGAGCGAGACAUCCUUGUUUGGAAGUACAAGAUGACGUUUCGUUUAUCGCCAAUGAUCAUGAGAUGAAAAAAGGUAAGUGCGAAUUCGUCGUCCUUACCGGACCCAAUAUGGGCGGAAAGUCGACUUACAUCCGACAAAUCGGUGUCAUAGCCUUGAUGGCCCAAAUAGGAUGUUUCGUACCUGCCGAUGAAGCUCAACUACCCGUGUUCGACUGUAUUUUGGCGAGAGUCGGAGCUGGGGAUUCACAGUUAAAGGGUGUGUCGACUUUCAUGGCUGAAAUGUUGGAGACUGCGACUAUCCUGAGGUCCGCAACGAAAGACUCCCUGAUUAUCAUUGAUGAGCUCGGUAGAGGUACAUCGACGUAUGACGGUUUCGGUCUAGCGUGGGCUAUCUCCGAACAUAUCGCCACUAAAAUCCGUUGCUUUUGUCUUUUCGCUACUCAUUAUCAUGAAUUGACAGCUCUCAAUCAGACUCAACCACACGUCAAGAAUCUUCAUGUGGAGGCGCAUGUCCAGCCGAUCAAAGGAGGUAAAAGUAAGCAGGAUAGAGAUAUCACUUUGCUUUAUAAGGUUACCGAGGGCAUAUGCGACCAAAGUUUUGGUAUUCACGUUGCCGAGUUGGCUCAGUUUCCAGAGAGUAUCAUCAAGUUGGCCAAGCGAAAAGCGGAAGAAUUGGAAGACUUCGGCGAUGGCGCAAAUGACGAAAGCUUGAACAAAUACUCGGAAACUGAAACGGAUCAAGGUGCAGCUUUGAUGCAAGAAUUUCUACAGACGUGGAAGUCUCGUGCCGAAGUGUCUUUGGAGGAGCUGAGUGAGGAAGGGCAAGUGGGAUUGUUACGAAAGACGGCGACGGAGUUUAAGGAACGGUUUGAGGGAAGCCCUUGGAUAAUGGGUGUGUUGAAAGAGGUAUAG